CCGCGGUCAGAGCCCGUGCACCGCCCGCCGCCCGCUCCGCGGCUCUGGUCUCGCCUGUCGCAGGUGUCUAAGCGCUCCUUCCUGACGUACUCGUCUUCCUUCGAGGCCGACGACGAGCGAUCCAGCACCGCGUCGCCAGGAGACCUCGGCAUGAUGAGUCGCAGCCGGAGCAGGAGCAACAGCGGCAGCAGCUUCGGCGUGCCUCCACCGCGCUAUCCCGGAGAGGACACCCGUCCCACGAGCCCCAAGGAGCUCGCCGGGUGGUAUGCAUAUGCCUUCGCCGCCGAGGUCUAUGUCAUUUGCGCUGACUACCAGAUAGGCUCGUUCAUCCCGAUAUUGCUCGAGAGUCUCGCAAGGGAAAAUGGCGUCCUUCUUGCCGACCGAAAGACACCUUGCGGUCCCAGCAACGGGAAGGACCUUGAGGACGGCGGGCAGUGCAUUGUCUACGUCCUGGGAAUGGAGAUCAACACGGCGAGCUUCGCCAUGUACACGUUUAGCGUGAGCGUGCUACUACAAGCACUUCUGGUGGUCAGCAUAAGCUGCGCCGCCGACCACGGCAACUACCGCAAGAAGCUGCUGCUCGCCUUUGCGUGGAUCGGUAGCUCGUGCGUGAUGCUCUACAUCUUCGUGUCGAAGAAUGUCUACCUCUUCGGCGCGCUACUCGCCAUCGUCUCGAAUACCACUUUCGGCGCCUCCUUCGUGCUUCUGAACUCGUUCCUCCCGCUUCUCGUCAGGCACCACCCGGAACUCAGCGACGACGAGGCUGCGGUUGCCGGUUUGGCGGUCCCAACUGAACAGGGGCCACAGCACAAUGAAGACCCGCACGGCGAGGGGGCACUGGUCGACUCAACCGCGGCGUUACUGCCCAGGGAUCCCUUGGAGGACGGGCACGCCAUGUCCCGGGUGCAAACACGCGAGGAGCUGACCUCCAAAGAGCUUACCCUCUCUACGCAAAUCUCAGCGAAGGGCAUCGGCAUCGGCUACAUCGCAGGUCUUUUCCUGCAAUGCGUGGCUAUUUUCAUCCUCAUCCGGAUGAAGAACACCACAUGGUCCCAGCGAGUCGUUCUUUUUGUUAUUGGAGCCUGGUGGGCGCUCUUUACCGUCCCAGCGGCCAUGUGGCUGCGGCCCCGGCCGGGUCCCCCGCUGCAGUCGUCGUCGAGCCAGAAGGGCGUGCGCGCCUGGAUCUCUUACACCGCCUACGCCUGGAGGUCCCUCUUCCGCACUGUCCAGCUAGCAAGGCGGCUCAUCGACAUUGUCCUUUUCCUUGGCGGGUGGUUUCUGCUGUCGGACGCCAUCGCCACGACUUCGUCAACGGCCAUUCUCUUCGCCAAGACUCAGCUUCACAUGGAGCCGUGGGCACUGGGCAUGAUCAACGUGAUUUCCACGACAGCGGGCAUUGCCGGCGCCUUCUCCUGGUCCUUCAUCUCGCGACGCCUCCGCCUGCAGGCACACCAGACCAUCCUCGCGUGCAUCGCGCUGUUCGAGAUCAUCCCCCUCUACGGCCUCAUGGGUUACCUCCCGUUCGUCAAGAGCUGGGGCGUCUUUGGCCUCCAGCAGCCGUGGGAGAUGUACCCCCUGGCCGCCGUCUACGGGUUCGUGCUCGGCGGUCUGAGCGGCUACUGCCGCUCGCUCUACGGCGAGCUGAUCCCCCCGGGAUCCGAGGCCGCUUUCUACGCGCUCUACGCCAUCACGGACAAAGGGUCGAGCGUCUUCGGCCCUGCCAUUGUCGGCGCGAUCAUCGAUCGCUUCGGGGAGAUCCGGCCCGCGUUCUGGUUCCUCGCUGCGCUGGUGGGGCUGCCCGCACCGCUGAUGUGGUGCAUCAACGUCGAGCGGGGUCGGAGCGAGGGCGAGAAGCUCGCGGAGAUCAUUGAGGGGUUCAAGCUCGCGCAGGGCGAGCGCUCGAGGGACAGUGACGAGGAGAGCAGGGCGAUCCUGGAUGCCUAUGACGAAGAUACCGAUCCUUGAGGGAGCUUGUAGCUUUCGUUCUGUACGUAUGUGCGGUCAUGCAUAGCGACGGCGUUUAUUGUAUUGGUAGGCGUAUUGUCCGGUGUGUUGGUUCCAGGUUUGAUGGGUUGGGUGGAAGCUAUUAACCUAUCCCUAGAUCAUUGUCGAAUGCGGUCUAGGGAAAUAUUCAAGUGAAAGAGAUGAUGGCGUGGAAUACAAACAGUUACUUAUACGUGAUGAACGCUGGAUAUACAAUCCGACAAACCACAGCUCCAGUACCCGUAGUCAGGAUGCUUUUGUCAACUCAUCCUGUUUGACAUGGUUAUUGCGCCGUCUUUCGCUUGUUGUUGGCGAUCGAGUAAUC